AUGGCAUUAUCUGAAAAACCACUGGAAGCUUUGUUAGUCCAUCUAUUCACCCAUAAUGAUAAAAAUCUUGAAUGGAUCCCGAUGAAAGUGCGAACCGCAGUUUCAACUUAUUUCAAUUAUUCCUACACAUUCGGCCAACUGAUCCUGGUUGGCAUUGCGUUUGCAAUCCAACAUUGGCGCUGGCUUCAGUUCACUUUGGCCACUCCGUUUUAUAUCUUCUUCCUGUCCUCAUGGUGGUUCCCAGAGUCAGCGCGUUGGCUCAUUCUGCAAAACAAGGCUGACGUGGCUCUGAAACAUCUCAAAUGGGUGGCAAAGCUGAACAACAAGGAGGAAGAGGGCAAAACGCUCACCACAGCUAUCCUCAAGUCCACUAUGGAGAAGGAACUGUCGAACAUCAAGGGAAAAUACAGUGUGCUUGAUCUGUUCAAAACACCCAUAAUGUGCAAGAUAGCCUGCUGUACAAUGCUUGUCUGGUUUUCAACCAGUUUCGCGUAUUAUGGGUUAGCGAUAGACCUGCAACGGUUCGGAGUUGAUAUUUACCUCAUCCAGAUCAUUUUUGGAGCGGUAGAUAUUCCAGCAAAGCUUCUUGGCGUUGUGACGUUAAGUUAUAUAGGCCGACGGUUCACGCAAGGCACCUCUCUCAUCCUCGCGGGGAGCAUCGUCAUCAUAAACAUCUUCAUUCCGAAAGACAUGCAGGCCCUACGUACAUCACUCGCUGCUAUUGGAAAGGGAUGCCUUGCGACUGCAUUCAGCUGUUGUUAUCUCCAUGCUGGAGAACUCUACCCAACCGUGGUCAGGCAGACGGGAAUGGGUCUCGUGACCACGAUGGCCCGCUUCGGAGCAAUGGUGGCGCCAGUUGUGAAAAUGACGGGCGAUUACAUUGCGUUUCUGCCCAUGACUAUCUACGGCGGCAUGGCGAUAAUCUCCGGAAUUGCCGGCUUUCUUCUUCCAGAAACUCUCAACAUCCCACUGCCAGACACUAUUGAGGAGGUGGAGAACAGGGCCAAGAGAAGUGCGGAGAAAGAUGCGGACUCAAAGAAAGAUGAGAUUUCACUACAGGAGACAUUCACGUCAAAGACGGAAGCAGACCACUUAACCUAAGGCUGUGUGCUCUCGAUAACUCCACAGCUCGCUCGAUGGUGACUGACAUUCUUCAAUGCCCUUGAGGGAAAACAAAACCAGUAUCACUUGGGGAUAAAUGUACCGCCAUUCGAGGGAAGGAAGACCAGUGUGCAUCACCGACAAGCUUUACUGGUAUUUCCGUCAUCCACUUCUCCCAAACUGUAUUGCAUUCUCAACAUCUGCUGCUAAAUGUUCUAUUACUGAGCGGAUUGAAUCACAGCUGUCACGGAUCUAAAACGCAGGAACUGAAUUUUGCGUGCUGGGGUUGCGUUGGGCUGGAGACUGGAGCUAUGUUUCAGUUUCCCCGUGCGAUUUUAAAGCUUAAACUCUGCAGCGCACUUGCGCUGAUCGAUUCCA